AUGGGAACGUGCCCAGCAGCGAGGGGCAGCCCCACAGCUCCCCCCUGCGCCCGGGUCUGCGCCGGGCAGGGGCUGGUGGGCGACUCCCGAGCGCGGUGCGGGGGAGCAGCGGGCAGCGCAGGGGGGGCUGGAUCCCGCCCAGAGGUGAGGAGCACCCGCGGAUGCCACCGAGGAGGAAACGCCCUUGAACCCCCACCGGGGUCGGAGCCGGGCCCAGCCGAGGGGCGGCGGCAGCGCCGGGGCUGCAAGGCCGCGGCAGGACCCCGGUCCUGGGGGGGAGCCGCCCGCCCGCCCGCAGCCUCCCGCAGCCCCCCCCCCCGCCCGGUGCGGCCCCGGGCACCGCCCGGCAGCGGCGGCAGCGGCCGCGGAGCGCUGAGCAUCCCCCGGGCCCUGCGCUGGAGCCGCCGCGGCCGCAGGGGUGAGGCCGCCCCGAACCCCCCGCCCGGCUCCGGCCCCGCUCACCUCGCGCUGCGGCGGCGACUGCGGAGGGAGGAGGAGCCGCGGCCCCGGCCCCGCCCCGGAGCCGCCCCGGGACCGGGCCCGCCCCGACCGGGAGGAGGCGGUGGCGCCGCGGCCCCCCCCACCCCGAGCCCCUGCAGCCGGAGGAGCCGCCUGUGCCCCCCCCGCCCCAUCCAGCCCCGGCUCCAGCCCCCACCCGGCAGCGCUGCAGCCGCAAUCACGGCUGGGGACUGGGGUAAUCAAUAA